AUGGGCAACUCGGAUCUUGUGAGACUUACAGAGUUAGCAGGAAAGGCUGAAAAGAAAGAUGACAAGCCAACUUAUGUGAAAUACACACCCAGUUCAGUUAUACAGCGUUCUGACACUCCGAAGCAGCGAAAAAUAAAGAUCGUUGAUAAGCAGAUAGAUCCUGUUUUGCCUCCCAAAUUCAGACACAAAAAGACUCCUGCUCGCCCUCCAUCACCUCCAGCACCUGUGUUGCACGCUCCAGCGCCCAGUGUUUCCGCCGAAGACCAGAAGAAAUGGUACAUACCUCCGGCAAUCUCGAACUGGAAAAACCCCAACGGUUUCACGAUAGCCAUAGACAAAAGAUUGGCCAGUACGGGAGCAGGACUUCACGAUGUUGAGGUGAACAAGAAUUUUGCUGAUUUGUCGGAAGCCUUGGAGCUCGCAGACAAACAGGCAAGGGAAGAAAUCAAGCUUAGAGCGGAGAUUCAAAAGAAAUUGGCUGAGCAAAAGGCUGCUGAGAAGGAAAAUAGACUGCGACAGAUAGCCGAAGAGUCUCGUAGGGGUCGUUUGGAACAGAAUGAGCCAGAAGAACCCGAAUUCAAGAGCGAAGCAGCCAGAAGAAGGGCCGAAAUCCGGGCUGAAAGGCGCAAAAAAGCGGAGAGAGAGCUACGGAUUGAGAGCAUGGGCAAGGAACAGAGGGUAAAGAUGAUGGCAAAAGACUCAGGACGUGAAAUUUCCGAAAGGGUGGCUCUUGGGGUAUCUAAACCAUCUUCUAACGCUGAUUCCAAGUACGAUUCAAGACUGUAUCUGCAAGCCUCUGGGGCCAAUGCCAGAUCCAGUGAAGAUCAAUUGUACAGCACUCCUCUGUUCAGUGCACAGGAAGCGAUUCACAACAUUUACAGACAGAGAGGCAAUGGAGGGGCUGAUGACGAUGGUCUCGAUGCAGACGAGCAGAUGAAUCGUUUCGAGAAGGAGAGCAGGUUUGACGAACUGAAAAGACCGACAAAAGGAUUCAGUCAUGCAGAAAAGAGUUUGAACGAACAGGCAAGUGGGCCAAUUGUCUUUGAGAAGGACGACAAGUCGCUGGAGGAGGAAUCAACUCGCUACUACGGCCUGGAUGAAAAUCCCUCGAAGCGUCAAAAGAAAUAG